UGCAGCAUGCAUGUGAGCCCGUGUGAGCCAGCAGAGCCGCCUGUGUGUUUACAUGUCAGCCUAUCGGUGCUGGCGGAUUUAGCGCAUCUGGAGAGGACGGAGGCAUUUCUCAAAUGCCCCUAAGACGAGGGGGUUCUCACCGCUGCAAAUAUCCCCCCUCAUUCCCAUCUGAAUCGUCCCCGUCUGGAAUCCUGCAUCCCUGUCUCCAUGCUUUCGGGGGCAUUUUGAAUUUCCUUGGCAACAUGGAGCUGCCUGAAUUAGAAUUCUCUGCAUGACAGUCCUGGUAAGCAGUAGGAUGGUGUCUGGGGAGGCAGGAGGGCAGAGCUACUUGGUGGCAUGCUGGCAGCCCAUCCUGAUCCUGAUGCUGGGCACCGUCCUUUCUGGCUCCACCACCGGCUGCCCCUCCCGCUGCGACUGCAACGGUCAGGAGCGUUCGGUCGUGUGCCAUCGACGGAGACUGACGACGCUUCCUGAGGGUAUCCCCACUGAAACAAGGCUGCUAGACCUCAGCAAGAACCGUCUGAAAACUCUGGGGACCGAAGAGUUCAUUAAUUACCCUCAGCUGGAAGAGCUGCAACUAAACGAAAAUACAAUUUCAUCCAUUGAGCCCGGGGGUUUCAGCAACCUCAUGAACCUUCGAACUCUGGGUUUGCGCAACAACCAGCUGAAGCUCAUUCAGCUGGGGGUGUUCACGGGCCUGACCAACCUCACCCAGCUGGAUAUCAGUGAGAACAAAAUUGUCAUUCUGCUUGACUAUAUGUUCCAGGAACUGUACAACCUGAGGGCUCUGGAGGUUGGUGACAAUGACCUGGUAUUCAUAUCACCCCGAUCAUUUCAUGGCCUCAGCAACCUCGAAAGCCUCAACAUUGAGGGAUGCAAUCUGGCCUCGGUGCCGACUGAUGCUCUAAGCCAUCUGCAUAACCUGUUGUCACUUCGAUUACGUUAUCUGAACGUCACUGUCAUAAGGGAUUACUCCUUUAAAAGGCUGUAUCGGCUCAGAGUGCUGGAGAUUUCUCAUAUGCCCACCCUGGAUUCCAUGACCCCAAAGUGCUUGUUUGGGCUCAAUCUCACGUCACUCUCAAUCACAAAUUGUAAUCUUAGCGCCAUCCCAUACCAAGCCAUCAGUCACCUCAGAUAUCUCCGGUUUCUGAAUCUGUCUUUCAAUCCCAUUCAAACUGUGGAAGGCAACCAACUGUUCAAUCUGCAAAAGCUUCAGGCUUUUCAUCUGGCCGGUGGAAGAUUAGUAGCCAUUGAGCCUUACUCUUUCCGAGGACUCAACCACCUCCGUGUACUCAACGUAUCCAGCAAUAACUUGAGCACCCUGGAGGAGUCUGUCUUUCACUCGGUGGGAAACCUGGAGACCCUGGCUUUAUAUGACAACCCCCUGGCAUGUGACUGUCGCUUGCUCUGGGUCUUCCGCCGGCGGUGGAGGCUCAACUUUAACCGACAACAGCCCACGUGUGCUUCACCUGAGGUGGUGCGAGGAAAAGAGUUCAAGGACUUCCCAGACAUCCUCCCUUCUGACCAUUUCAUCUGCCAGAAAUCAAAGGUCGUGGAUUAUAAAGUUCAAGAAAGCCAUGUGGAUGAAGGAACUACCGUUUAUUUCACUUGCCAAGCUGAGGGUGAUCCGGUCCCUGUGAUCAUGUGGCUCUCCCCUAAGAAGGAAUACAUCACUAUGAAAACAGUGGGGUCCAGACUUUCUGUGUCCAACGAGGGCACGCUGGAGGUGCGUUACGCCCAAAUCCAGGACAAUGGCACCUACUUGUGCAUUGCAAGCAAUGCAGCAGGCAAUGACACCAAAGCUGCUCACCUUUUUGUGCAUAGCUACUCCCCCAAUUGGCCCCACCAGCCAAAUAAGACAUUUGCCUUCAUUUCCAACCAGCCCAGCGACGAAGGUGCUAACGUGACCCGCUCCACGGUUUCAUUUCCAUUUGAUGUGAAGACACUUAUCAUUGCAACCACCAUGGGAUUUAUCUCUUUCCUCGGAGUUGUCCUCUUCUGCCUUGUAAUAUUAUUCCUCUGGAGUAGAGGCAAAGACAGCACCAAGUCAAGUAUAGAGGUCGAAUAUGUGCCACGGAAAGAGGAAACAGAGGAGGCCAGUCCAGCUGAGGCACCCAUACAAUUCAACAUGAAAAUCAUGUGAAGCCCAAAUGGAGGUCAUGUAAGAUUACGAACUGCAGUCAGGAUGCAAACUCUCCUCGCUUCAAACAUGUACUCAGUUCAUGAGCGAUAGAAAUUGCACAGCAGCAAAUGCAUCUUGACAAUAUACCAUAGAUUUUUUUUUUUUUUACUUCAGGGACUAUAUCUUCAAAAGAAACAUGUACAAUUUCCAAUAUUACAAUUUCUGUAUAUUUGUAUUUGCAAUAUUCCAAUCGGUAUGUUAACAUGCACCCAACAACCCCAUUACUACGUGUAACCAAAUUAAGCUAAUACUUUGAAUGAAGCAUAUGGAAUUGAGUUUACACGAUAGGUGGGUUACUGUAUGGAGAAAUGUAGAGAAUAUCCUGCAGGUAUUAUCUCUAUCAGCACAAAAUAAGAGAAAGAUCUUGUUAUUGUUGUGUUGAAUUUUGCCGUCUUUUGUUUUGAUGGAUGUACAAAGCACAAAUAUCCCACCAUGAGAACCCAAACUCUGUUACCCUGAAGCGUUUUUCUUCUGUCCUAUCACAAGUAUGACAUAACUAUUAGGGUAAUUUAAAACAAAUAGAAAGUCAUAUUUUCAGAGAAAUUAAAAUGUCACAUACGAAGAUAAAUCUAUAUUUUGAUGGAUAAAAAUGUGUUACAAGAUUAUGCUAAUCAUUUUCAGAAUUAGGAAAAGAGAAAAGUUGUAUUGUUUUGAGAGUUGUUCUAUUUCCAGAAAAUGCAAUGUUUAGGAGAACUAUUGGAUCUCAAUUCUCUGAAAUUGAAGUUUCAGUAUUAAUAAUCAUUAGAGGGGUAAUUGUACCUCAUCACGCGUUGUGCAUCAGUGGGCAUUGGCCUUUUACUUUUCCCCCCAACAUCAUUAGCUUUGUUGUUUUCUCCGCCCAUUUUUGUACUGGGGUCUGCAACACACCAUUUCAAACUGCCUGUAUCGCCAUAAUUGUCAGACAAAUAACUUAAAUUUUACUGUCAUUAUCAGUUAUAGUAACUGGACUAUUUCCUUUCUCUGGAGAGAGUCAAAAUAGAAGUGUGCAUGUUAACACACUGAAUAAAAUAAAUAAUCCAGUCGUGCAGUAUGUGCUCCCUUCUGCCAACAAAGGAAGGUUUGUCAUUAAAUGUAUUGACUUGUUCAGCUAUACAUAGUUUUUCUGUACUUUAUUCUUUCCUUGUACAUUACGCGAUGGCACAAUAGAAAUGCUUUUAAUGGCUGUGGGUUAUGAACAUUUUACAAUCUAAAGAGCAGAUUAAAUAUUCAGUGAACACAUUUUUUGAUGUAUAUAAACCAAAAAAAACUGCUUUUAAGAGUGUAUAAAAGGGAACAUUUGAAGAUAAUCAUGAAAACAAUUAAUCAAAUGUAACAAAAGUUCAUUUAUUUACACAUUUGGCAGCUCGAUGAGCGUGGGCGGAGUCCUGGGGUUAUAUUGUCACCAUAGUGCAUCUCAAAAAUUGUGACAGUGUUCAUUCGUUGCCUUAAGUAACCCAUUUCCCGGCUUUCUGCUGAGCAAUGCCCAAUAUUUAUGUGUAAAAUUGUGUUCUAUGCCUCAUAAGGAUUUUAUUCUGUCUACUUAAUUUCACAGUCAAAGUCUGCUCUGAAGAUAAUGUGUUCAUUAACUCUUACAAUACUUGUUUAAAAACGGGAUGGGCGGAUGGAAAUUCUAUUAAAAUAAAUAACAUUUUA